UUUCAUUGUUGUUAUUGUUGUGGUGUUUAUCUUUUUUUUUGGUAGAUCCUCGAAGUGUUUUUUGUUUUUAAAAGUGUAGAAAAUGGGUACAAAGUUGAUGGCUACAAAUCAUUUUAUGUAGUUUUUUCCAAUGAUUAUUCACCAGUUGUUCGUAGGCUGUACUUCAUUUGCAAUUUUGAGAUUUACUUGAAGUUUCUUUGUAUCUGUAAAUUGUUCGCCUUCGGAGUAUGUAAUGGCCACUGAAACGCUUGGAAGUUCUUCCGAUGAAGAAAUAUCAUUCAGCGAAUGGCAAUUUGUUGUUAAAAGUAAUGGAGAAUGCAGCGAUGACGAAAGUAUUGAAAUAAUUGAACGUGAAAUAUUACGCAGUGUGACGUCUUCAUCUUGUAGUGAUGGAAAUGACGACGAACCUGAUAUUGUUGACUGGGAAGUUCCUGUUGAGGACGCAGGAAUAUACCCUGACGGCGAGGAGUCCAUCAAUAAUCCACCAUCAGAAAUAGAAACUUGUCAAAUUGAUACUGAUCAAAUUCUGGAGAACACUUCUUAUAUAUCAGAAGAAAGUCACGCGACAGCGACUCCAAUGAAUAAUUUUUCUCGUAAAGUACUGUAUUCGUGUGUGAUAGCUGCCAUGAUCAGUAUAAUUAUUCACCAAUAUCGUGGAAACCUACUCGAUAUACUAUUAAAUCGUUUAUAUGACACCAAAUCCAAAGUUGGUGAUCCUUCUUCACAAGACGCUACGAUUUUUAUACGUGCUGAACUGAAAAAACAUCCCGAAGAUCAACUUCAUUCUAAUGAUCCUGUCGAUCCAGCUGUGCAAGAUUUGAUAGAUAAACGAGAGCAAUUCAAGAAACUCAGUGAGAAAUACGAAAUGAUUAUUAAAAAUACGUUUUCAGCCGGAAGCAAUAAUUAUUAUAUAGAUGUUUCGGUUUUGCAAGAUAUAUUCCAUGGUUUCCCUCACAUUGUCAAUUUUCCACACCCUGCUCCAUGUAAUCCAGAUUUUUAUAGCAUAGAACCGCCUGUGCUAUGUACUGAUUCUACAGGAAAAGCCGUGUUGUUCAUGAAUGAAGCACAUUACAAUGAGUUAUUGCGAGUGAUAUUGGAUGCAAUGCAAUUUCACGAAGAAAAAGUGCACAAGUCAUUAAAUAAUUUUAUGAAAACUUAUUCAAAGUUGGGGCAUUUAGAAUUUUCUGCAUUCAAGCCGGUGAAAUUCGGACUUCAUACCGAAAAUUCAAAUGGUGAAACUUCAAAAACUGAAACACAUCGUGAUAAUAUUCAAGUGAAUGAAUUAAUUAAUGACAUCACUGCAAAGGUUGAUCCGAUAUCAGAUUCAUCCAAAUCUCACUCAUCGAACGACGCCGAAUCAAGAGUUCAAGAAGUAAUAGAGGAUGUUCGAAUGUUGUACAAGAAAAUUAAAAAUCAGUUUGAAGACUUUCAUCAACUUUGGGCGAAAUGUAAUAAAAACAAUCAAGAUUCAUGUGUAUUGAAGAGCGAAGUAGUAUCGGAGCAAAACGAUACAUUUUCUAACGAAGAAGUAAAGUUGAAUGCCACGCAUGACGAAGUAACUAAAUCUCCUUCCGUUUCAGAAUUUAUUUACAAGAUUGCACCUAUUACUGAUAGAUGGUCGUUGAAAAUGGAUUCUAAAGUGUCCGCGGACACAGAUUCGCAAUAUAACGAGAAAUCAAACGGCGAAUGGGUUUUGAAAAUGGGAAAAGCGAGAGAGAAGCUACGCAAGCGACACAAGGAAAAAAAUUUCAAUAGAAAAACGCACAAAUCAAGCAAGAAAGAAGAGCACGAAUUGUAUAAACGUUAUCGAGCAUUCUUCAGUCAAACUCGAGAAAAAUUUAAAAAUAAUUAUAAAAAAUUCUCAUCGCAUUUUAAAUCUAAACUUGAAAAAUUUGGAGAUGGAAUGAAACGCAGUUAUGAAAAAAUAUCAUCGGAUUGGAAGCAUUACGCUAAGAGUGUUUUUCAAACGUUUCAUUUUUAAAUUUUUCCUAAAAUUGUUUGAUUUUAAAUGAUAUACCUAUUACUACCACUUAUAUGUGCAUGAUGAUCUAUUUUUAAUGUCCCUUUUUCCUAGUACUAUUGUUAAUGAAUUUUUAUGAUCUUGUCGUUGUGGUAUUUUUACACAAACUUGGAGUUUUUUUUUAAAUGGUGCGUAUUUUACAGUAUUUAUGUUUCUGCGUUUUGUAGAUAUUCUCAUUUUUAAUCAGUACCUCUACCUAUUAUUCUACCGAAUGUAUGUACUAUGUACCUGUCAAUUUUUUGCAAUUUUGGAGUGUAGGUAUUCCUUUUUAUUCCGACGACUACUAUUUCAACGUACGUAGAAUGUUCGUUUUUUCCAUGUUGGUAUAGAAAGAUAAUAUUCUUUCUACCCGCUUAUUCUGUGUAAUAAUCACCAACUCACAUUUUAUAAUGCUGCAAAUUGUUUUGCUGUAUCAAUGAAACCUUUGCUCCUGUUUUGUUUUACCUUAUUAGUGUUUUACCUAUCAAACUGUAUUUCGACAAUUUUGAGUGAAUAAUAAUAAUGUACGUUUUAUUUCAAUGGCUGCUGUUUUUCUAAUUCUGCGAGGUUUUUUAUUCAACAAAACAUACUCCUACGUGAAAAUAAUUUUGAUUAUGUACUUGUAGGUACUGAUCUGAAUUGGUGCAUUUAUGUUAUUGUGAAAGCCUACGUAAUGUCAAUUUGUUGGAUUAUGACUGGCCAUUUCACGCUUAAAAUUAAGAUUUACGUUACUUGUUGUUGAACAAUAUGCAUGUGUAAUAAAUUUCUAUCACAACUCAUAA